AUGUGGCUGCUGUGGCUGCUGCUGGGCUCGGCGGAGAGCCAACUGUUGCCUGGGAAUAACUUCACGAACGAAUGCAACAUUCCUGGAAACUUCAUGUGCAGUAACGGGCGCUGUAUCCCAGGGGCCUGGCAGUGCGAUGGACUGCCGGACUGCUUUGAUGACAGUGAUGAGAAGGAAUGCCCGAAAGCCAAAUCCAAAUGCGGAGCCACGUUCUUCCCCUGUGCUAGCGGGAUCCACUGCAUCAUUGGCCGCUUCCGGUGCAACGGCUUCGAGGACUGUCCCGACGGCAGCGAUGAGGAAAACUGCACAGCAAAUCCCUUGCUUUGCUCUACUGCCCGAUUCCACUGUAAAAAUGGUCUUUGCAUUGAUAAAAGCUUUGUGUGCGACAGUCAAAAUAACUGUCAAGACAACAGUGAUGAAGAAAGCUGCGAAAGCCCGCAAGAGACAGGCAGCGGCCAAGAUUACGUGACCUCAGAAAACCAGCUACUUUACUACCCUAGUAUUACCUAUGCUAUCAUUGGUAGCUCUGUCAUUUUCGUACUCGUGGUGGCCUUUCUUGCCUUAGUCCUGCAUCACCAACGGAAACGCAACAAUCUCAUGACCCUGCCAGUGCAUCGACUGCAGCACCCUGUCCUGCUGUCCCGGCUGGUGGUCCUCGAUCACCCGCACCACUGCAGCGUCACCUACAACGUCAACAACGGGAUCCAGUACGUGUCCAACCAGCCCUACCACAGGCCAGUGGACCUGGACUCUCCGCCAUCCUAUUCAGAGGCCGUGCUCGACCAAAGCAGACCACCUUGGUUUGACCUUCCUCCGCCGCCUUACUGUUCUGAAUUGGAAUCCCCUACUCAGCCAGAUCUUCCUCCUUACCGAUCUCGGACGGGAAGCGUGGUGAGCGCAGACACCCCCAUGGCAGGAAGCCCUCUGGGCACAGACGGCAGUUGGACAAGAGACAUCCAUGACAGCAUGGAUGGCCACAGAACUCUUCUCGAGAGGACAGCAGAUCAAAGCGAUUCUCUGGUCAACCACACUGCUGAAAGAGAAGUGUAACUGCUCCAGGA